AUGGCUCCCAUCGCCGUUGAAUCGUCUCACGCUCCUCCAACAUUGCCCUCCAAGUCCAAGCCGGUCGACUUAUCUGUCUUUCCCGAUGGUUUCAAAACAUCCGGCCAACACCCUCCGCUCUACGGCAGGCUGUACCCAUACUCUGCAUUUCCAAAGUCCAUCUCCGGUCCCACGGUCUGGUCCAACGAAGACUAUGCCUCGCACCCCGAAACAUGGAUUCAUGUCUUCUCAGACUCUGAGAUUCAUGAACUCUCGGCCGCGGCGGACAGCUUCAUGGCCCAAGGCCUCCCCUUGACGGGGAUCAACCCGUCCAACUUCCCACUCCCGACCAUGUCGUCCGCGCUGAAGUCGAUGCGCAACGAACUCCUCAACGGCAAGGGCUUCAUCCUCUACAAGGGCUUCCCCGUCCAGGAAUGGGGCUCGCACAAGUCCGCGGUCGCGUACAUGGGUCUGGGCACGUACAUCGGCUACCCGGUCUCCCAGAACGGCCGGGGCCACAUACUGGGCCACGUCAAGGACCUGGGCGAGGACAGCACGCAGAUCGACAAGGUGCGGAUCUACAGGACCAACGCGCGCCAGUUCUUUCAUGCCGACGACUCGGACGUGGUUGGCCUGCUCUGCAUCGCCCGCGCCGAGGAAGGCGGCGAGUCGGACGUGGCGUGCGUCCACCACGUGUGGAACAUCCUGCAGGCCGAGUACCCGGACGUGGCGGAGCUGUUGACCCAGCCGGUGUGGUACUUUGACCGCAAGGGCGAGGUGUCGCAGGGCGAGGAGCCCUAUAUCCGCACCAGCGUCUUCUACCUGGAGACGCCUGAGGAUGGGAGGGAGCAGAGGGUCUACUGCAAAUGGGACCCGUACUACGUCCGCAGCCUGACCCGGUUCUCAGACAAGGGCAUCAUCCCGGCCUUGUCGGCGGCCCAGGUGCGCGCGCUCGAGACGCUCGAGGACGUGUGCCAGCGCGUCAAGCUGCACAUGAUCCUCGAGGUCGGCGACAUCCAGUUCCUCUCAAACUGCCACAUCUUGCAUGCCCGCACCGCCUACAGGGACUACGGCCCGGACAGCGGCAUGCCGCGCAGGCAUCUCAUGCGAUUGUGGUUGAGUACCCCCGUCAGUGAGGGAGGGUGGCGGCUUCCGUUCCACGACGUGGACGAGAGGAAGAGGGGAGGCAUUCAGGUGGACGACACGAGGCCGGUGGCGAGACUGGAUGCCGAUUGA